AUCAUUAUCAUCACAAUAUUAUCAAGAUAAAAUUGACCAAUGGAUCAAUGAGUUUAUUAAAUGUGAUAGUAACAUUAUUAAUAAUAUAGAUAUUAUUGAUACGGAAUUAAAACAAUGGUCAAGUGAAAUAGUUAAUAAUUUAACAUUAACAAAUAAUCACAUAUCAGAUAAUCUGGACACAACAAUAUAUAGUAAUUUUUUGGCUAAAAACAAGCAUGAUACAUUGAAUGAUCAACUAAAAAAAUUAAUGCCUCAAAAAGUAUGGAAUAUGCAUACACUGUCCAAUACAAGACAUAUUUUACUAGACAUCCGGCUUUAUGUUCGCAAUUGGGAACCCUAUGGCGAUCGUUAUUUUGAUCAGGGUCGUUAUGAGCUGGCACUGGCAUGUUAUGUAAAAUCGGGUACAACAAACACCGUCAUUAUGGAGCGUGCACAAAUUUUAUUUCAUUUCAAAAAGUACCCAGCUUGUCUACUCUAUUCACGUUAUAUAUUAAACGUUUAUAAGUACUGUCCCGAAGCAGUGUUUAUGAUUUUGAAAAUUGCACUUGAUACAUUAAAUAAUAAUUGUAAUAAUAAUAAUAAUAAUACUGGAAAUAAUAACAACGACUAUACCAUAAACAAUACCAGUGCAGUAAAUAAUAAUAAUAAUAAUAAUGUUGAAUAUAGUUAUGAUGAUGUAUUUGAAGCCACUGUUUGUGCGGCCAGUUAUUAUAUGGAUGAGCUUGAAAUUCAGCAGUUAAUGUUCGAUCAGUUAGCUAAUAGGGAACUGUAUAUCGAAGCCCGAUCCCAGUUGGCCGGUAACAGUGACCUUGAACAAAUUGUCAAGGUUAAACAACAUGAUUUAUAUGAAGAGGUGAAUGCAAAGUGUGACGAUAGAAACUAUGAUGAGCUCAGAGAGUUGGUCUAUGAGUUUCGUUUUCGUGAUUCAGUUGAUUAUAUAUUGAGAUAUCGGUGUACGAAAGCAAUCAAUGGACUAUAUAUGGAACUGUCAAAUGGCCGUCGAUUUGUUGAUCUACCGGUGCAUGUAAAAGGUAUGCUACUUGUGCUCAAAUCAUCGGCACUGUUAUUUGAAAGGGAUUAUCUGAACUCAUAUGAAUCAAUUAGAGAGUGUGCACUUGUCUAUCCGUUUGGCGAUUGUUUGGAUGCAUUGACUCAAUUGAUUACUAGUCAACAUCAGAUGACCCAGGUCAAAAACAUAUUAGAAAAUAUUAGAAUAACCGAAUUGACCAUGCCAACAUUUUGUGAAUACCUGCAAUCAGUGGACAGUUGUGUUAUCAAUAAUGUUGAUGAUGGUAACUGUGUUUCAUUGGCGGGCACCUGGAACAAAUUAAUCAAAUGCGAAAUACAACUAAUUAAUACUAAACAAAAUAUGUCAUAUUUGGAUAAUGCAUUCAACUAUAUUGAUAUAUGCAAUGGACAAUCAUGUCCAGGUAGUGUAAUAGUUAAUAAUUUAUUAAUGGCAAUCUAUUAUAUACUACAGGCUAUGCUUGAUUGCAAUAGUGAUGAUAACGAUAAUGAUGAUGAGCAAAGUUAUCAAGCACAGUUAUAUGCCUGGACUAACUGUAUCUGUGAUAUUGUGGGCACUAUUAUUUAUGUAGCAAAUAGUUAUCUAGAUCCAAACACCAUUACAAACACUUGUCUACUAUGCACAAUUAUUAUGUAUCGUGCACUGGCUAUUUUAUCAAAACUAAUUCCAUCUGUUAAAACUAUCACCACUACCUACAAAGCUAACAGUGUUAACAAUAGUACUGAUCAAACAACUGAGUCAUUACAACCAUCACAAUCAACACAACUAUCAAUAAUCAAUACGUAUAAACAAAAUUUAUUUUCAAUUAUCAAACACAUGUUGAAACAAAAUAUAUCAUAUGCACCGCUAAUUAAUAUUACUUUAAACUAUACUAUUGACAGUUUAUAUGUCAAUAAUAUGGUGGGAAUGGAAAUUUUGGAAAAAUUCUAUUUGACCCAGAUGAAAUUAAAAAAUGAAAAUUUUAUAAACUACCAGGCCUACCUAAUGGAUGGCAGCUGGAAAUAUUGGUAUUCACCUAAAAUGUUCCCAUUAUAUCGUGAAAAUUAUAUAAAAUCAUUAUUGACUGUCCAUAAAAUGGACAUAAACCAAAUUGAACAUAAUGUGACAAAUGGUCAAAUUCAUCUGGAUCAAAAUGGGGGAUGGUUAGAUCUGGAUAAUAGACAAUUGAAACUAUCGGAUGCGAUCAGAUUUACAAGUGUUGAUGGUUUGGUUAUUGAUUUGGAAAACAAUACAUUUCAUAUACUUAUAACUAUGGAUUCAAAUCAAACGGAUUCAGUUAUUGAUUUAAAUGACAUUGAUGAAAUACUAGGUAACUGUAUUGAUCAUGGUACAUUAUCAAUAAUUGAAUCGUCUAAUAAUGAUAGUAAUGGUGUUCAGUUAGCUUAUCUGCCAUUUAAUCAAAUCAAAUGUAAUCCAAACUCAAUGUAUAAUUCAAAUUAUAUGCACUCAUUGUUUGAUGCCAUAAAUUUGUUACAUAUGUUAGUCAUUGACACUGAAAUAUCUACCCGUAAACCGUUUGACGUCCGAUCUAUACCUUCGACAGUAUUGCCCAAACAGUUGCGCGAAAAACUUCAAAUUGUACAUGAUACAACUAAUAGCUAUGACCAUAAUUAUAGUUUUAUGAUUGAACCUGGUCAUCUGUAUUAUGACGAACUAAUUGAAAAUAAUAAUAAUAAACGUAUUGUGAAGUUUGGCACGUGCUCUAUGCACGUACACGCAUGUUCCGAUGCCCAUAAUAGCCAAUAUAAUGAUGCUAAUAAUAAUAAUAAUAAUAAUAACCAAAUAACUCAUGAGGAACAGUAUGCCAAACAAUUUAGCAAACAUUACAAUGAAAUCGGAAAACAUUUUCCAAUAUACCGGAGACUCGGGGAACUCCUAAAACUUAGUGCCGUAUCAUUAAUAUUGAAAAGCGUGUACCGGGAACGUGAACUGGCCAAACAAACUAUACACGUGGAUAGUGGUCGCGUGCGGCAAUUGUUGGGUGAAAUGCGCCCGAAAUUUGCUUAUCCUAUUAAUACCGAAUCAAAAGUCAAUGAACUGUUCAAUAAUACGUUACGCGAUAACGGUGUGCACAGUGAGUACGAGGUCAACAUUGCCGAAGUAAUGCGCGUUAAACGGCAAAUUCACGGACAGUUGGCUGAUCAGGAAGAACAACUGUUUGACAAACUGACCGAUACGUUAGUCGAGUCACUCGGUGUCGACUACAGUAGACAAUUGCGUGAUUUAGUUAAAUCGUGGGUUAGGUUUAGUAGAGAUACCGAUUUAGUUGACUAUCUGGAUCAACAAAUUAGAUUAGUCAUGUCCAAUAAGUUAUCGCAAUUUGGAGAUAAUUUGCGUCAGAUAGGCAUUAAUGUUGAUGAUGAGUCUACCCUAUCUACCAGUGCCAACAAACCCUUAUGGGUGCCCACUGUUUAUAGUCUUGAACAUCGUUGUCGAGCUUAUGGCUCUAUUAGUCUGUUUCCAAAACUACUGAAGUUUACAACUAACAGUACCGACAACAGUGCAGAAACAGCUGUAGACAACUGUUAUAACAGGAAUAUUGAUGAUAGCAUUGAAUCGCCAGUUGAUAAGCCGGUGCCGGCGCCCAGAAAAAUCAAUAAUAUAGCAACUGUUAGAUGUAAGACAAAAACAAUUGAGCAAGCUAAUAGUUUUAGUAAUAGGAAACAUGUUUGUAUAGAUCUGAAAACUAAAAACGGCAUUAGUUUAAAAUGUUUGAAAAAGUGA